AAACAGGGAAUUAAAGAUGCAGGACCCCUCAAUGGCGGCGUCCUGUGAAACCGGGUAACACAGCGGCUCAACGUCCGAUGAUUUAGCAGUGUCUGAUCAUGAGGGUGGUCUUUGUUGUGCUGGUCUUGCUGAGGGUCCAGCAUGUGUACUCUGCAUCUAAAGGAGUCGUCGCCACUCUUCAGGCUAAAUGGUCCAUGACCCCUCUCCUGCUGGAGACAAGUGAGUUCAUCAGAGAAGAUGGUGAAGAGAAGUUCUGGCAGUUUGUUGAUACUGUAAAAGAGUUAACUGUUUACAAAAAUGGAGAGUCAGUCCGGUCAUAUUAUAACCUGAUAAUCAAGAAGGCUGGACAGUUCUUGACAGAUCUUCAGGUCAGCCUGUUGAAACUGUCUCUAUCUCUCAGGGCCUAUUCACCGGCUGUGCAUGCUUUCCAACAAAUAGCAAGUGAUGAACCUCCUCCUGAUGGCUGCGCUGCUUUUGUGGUUGUUCACGGUCAAAAUGCAUGCAGCACCAAGGAUAUGAAGAAGCUCUUGAAGACCGCAGCAGGCAGGCCAAGACCUUACCUGUACAAGUCUGACCAUCAGUACCCCGGAGUCAACGGGACAGACCUGCCUGUAGCCGUUCUUUAUGCUGAAAUCGGCACAAAGGAGUUUAAUACUUUUCAUAAGGUUCUGUCAGAGCGGGCACAGGAGGGUAAAGUCAUCUAUGUGCUGCGACACUUUUUGUCUGAGUCAAAAAGUGAAAAGAUGUUGCUGUCUGGAUACGGUGUUGAACUGGCAAUUAAAAGCACAGAGUACAAAGCCGUUGAUGACACACAAGUUAAAGAAUCCAAAUCGGUUUCCACUGAUAAUGAGGAUGAAAAUGAUGAAGUCCAAGGAUUUCUGUUUGGCAAAUUAAAAAAGUCUCACCCAGAGCUUCAGGAUGAACUUGGAGAGCUUAGGAAGCAUCUACUGGAGAGCACCAAUGACAUGACUCCUCUCAAAGUGUGGGAGCUCCAAGACCUCAGUUUCCAGGCAGCAUCUCGUAUCAUGACUGUGCCAAAGUUUGAUUCGCUCAAAUUGAUGCAAGACCUCAGCCAAAAUUUCCCAAGCAGAGCCAGAUCACUGACAAGAGUGGCCGUAAACCAAGACAUGAGGAAAGAAAUAGAAGACAAUCAAAAGAGGUUGAGCGAGUCGAUGGGGAUCCAACCUGGAGAUGCCAGUCUGUUUAUUAAUGGAAUACACAUUGACUUGGACAUUCAUAACCCUUUCAGCAUCCUGGACAUUCUCAGAACCGAGGCUACGAUUCUCGAAGGUCUUCAUAACCUUGGCAUCAGAGGAAGCAGCGUUAGUAAGUUUCUGCAUUUGCCUUCAUCAACCACUGUAGAGGACAGCUACGCUCUGGACAUCCGCCACUCAUCCAUUAUGUGGGUUAAUGAUAUUGAGAAGGACUCCAUGUAUCGUCACUGGCCCUCAAGUGUCCAGGAACUCCUCAGAGCUACAUUUCCUGGAGUUAUUCGACAAAUACGCCGUAACUUCUAUAACCUGGUUCUGUUUCUUGACCCAGUCCAAGAAGAGAGCAUUGAGUUGGUGAAAUUAGCAGAACUAUUUUACAAACAUAACAUUCCACUCAGGAUUGGGUUUGUGCUGGUUGUCAGUGCAGAUGAUAAAGUGGAUGGGUAUUUGGAUGCAGGUGUUGCUCUCUUUCGGCUGUUAAACUACAUCUCAGAGGAGUAUGACGAAGCACAGGCUUUUACGUCCAUGGUGUCAAUAUAUAACAGGGUGGAAAUUGGAGAGACUCUCUCUGUGGAUACAGUAACUGCAUAUCUGAAAAAGAAAUUUCCAAAAGCAAAUGCUGCCAGAAUUCUUGGAGUGGAUUCAANUUUAAACUGCUGUAUGUACGCUGGAGGCGGGUUUUACAGAAAGAGCGGCUUAGGUUCUUUACCAGUGGGUCUAUUCAAUGGUGUUCCACUCAGUAGUGAGGAGAUGGACCCAGAAGAGCUAGAGACAGUUCUUCUGCAAAAAAUCAUGGAAACUACCAACUUCUUCCAAAGAUCUGUCUUUAUGGGUCAGAUCACAGAUAGUGUCGAUGUGGUGGACUUUCUCAUGGAGCAGGCCAAUGUAGUUCCCCGUAUCAACCCUCUCAUUCUGAGCUCUGAGAGGCGAUAUCUGGAUUUCACUUCCUCACCAGUUGCUGAUGACUGGGAUGACACAACUAUGUUCUCAUACCUGGACUCAAAAGACAAAACGGCAAUUGUCUCUAAGAGAAUGAAGUAUUUCACCAGAGAUGAAGAAGAGGUGUUAUACGGAGUGACUCUGUGGAUUGUAGCAGAUAUUGAACAGUCCUCUGGGAGGCAGUUGCUCCGGAAUGCCUUGAAACAUAUGAAAUCCGGCAGCUCUAACUGUCGCGUCGGAGUGAUCAAUAACCCAAGUGGAAAGCCCACAGAGGACACCAGUGCUCUGUACCGAGCCGUCUGGGCUUCUCUCCUCACACAAAGCAACAAGAACUCGCUCGACUUCACCCUAAAACUCCUCAAAGAAGAAAAUGUGGAGCUCCUCAAACAAGGCACCAAGAUUAAGCACUUACUUAAACAGGGUAUGGACCAUGAUGCCUUUGAGAAGAAGUUCAACACGAUGGAGGUGGACUUUCUGCACAGCCAGCAGAAGUACUGUAAGGAAGUUCUGAAGCUAAAAGCCGGACAGAGAGCUGUAGUCAGCAACGGCAGGACCCUGAGCCUACUGGAUGAGGAAGAAGAGUUUAAUGUGGAAGAUUUCCAUCUGCUAGAGAAGAUCACACUUCGCACUUCAGCAGAAAAGAUUAAAUCUAAGAUCAAGCAGAUGAACUUGAAUGCCCAAAAGGCCAGUGAUCUAAUCAUGAAAGUAGACGCUCUUCUCACUGCAUCACCUAAAGGAGAGGCCAGAAAAGACGUCAAAUUUUUGAAGGACAAACACAGCGUUCUUCAGCUGGCACAGCGGGAAGAUGAGGUGUCCUAUGAUGUUGUUGCCAUCGUGGACCCUCUGACCAGAGAUGCACAGAAGUUGGCUCCUUUAUUAGUUGUGCUUGGUCAAGUGGUCAAUAUGAAAGUGCAGGUGUUCAUGAACUGUCGAGCCAAGCUGUCUGAGAUGCCCCUGAAGAGCUUUUAUCGAUAUGUUUUGGAACCGGAUGUUUCAUUCUUCGGCAACAACUCCAUUUCCCCUGGCCCUGUGGCCCGCUUUACUGAAAUCCCAGAAUCUCCUCUGCUCACUUUUAAUAUGAUCACCCCAGAGAGCUGGAUGGUAGAGGCGGUCAGGAGCCCAUAUGAUCUAGAUAACAUCCACCUUCAGGAGGUCAGCGGUGUAGUCAAUGCAGAGUAUGAGCUUGAGUAUCUGCUGUUGGAGGGCCACUGUUUUGACCUGUCCACAGGUCAGCCUCCCAGAGGGCUUCAGUUCACGCUGGGCAUGAGACAGGAACCUCUCAUACAUGACACCAUUGUCAUGGCCAACCUGGGCUAUUUCCAGUUAAAAGCCAACCCCGGUGCCUGGAUCCUAAGGCUCGGAAAGGGCAGAUAUACCAUUUAUUGUUCAUUUAGUGUUGUUUAUGUAUGUUUUAGGCAUGAUGGCACAGACUCUCCUGUUGAUGCUGGCGAUGUCAUUGUGGUGCUCAACAGCUUCCACAGCAAGAUCAUCAAAGUUAGAGUCCAGAAAAGGCCUGACAAACUCAAUGAGGAUCUUCUAAGCGAAGGAACAGAAUCCAAAGGCUUGUGGGAUUCCAUAACCAGUGUGUGGAGUUCUUUGGAGAAAAGCUUUGCCGGUGGCCCGAGUGUGGACGAAGAUGACAAGAAGAAAGACAUUCUCAACAUUUUCUCAGUAGCCUCUGGACAUUUAUAUGAGCGCUUCCUGAGAAUAAUGAUGCUGUCUGUUCUUCAACACACCAAAACCCCUGUCAAGUUCUGGUUCCUCAAAAACUACCUCUCCCCCUCAUUCAAGGACACCAUCUCUCACAUGGCGAAGGCUUAUGGUUUCCAGUAUGAGCUGGUCCAGUAUAAGUGGCCUCGCUGGCUUCACCAGCAGACAGAAAAGCAACGUAUCAUCUGGGGUUAUAAGAUCCUUUUCCUGGAUGUGCUUUUCCCACUGGCUGUGGACAAGAUCAUCUUUGUAGAUGCUGAUCAGAUUGUCAGGGCAGAUUUGAAGGAGCUGAGAGAUCUGGAUCUAGAGGGCGCCCCCUAUGGGUACACACCAUUCUGCGACAGCCGAAAAGAAAUGGAAGGAUAUCGUUUUUGGAAGACUGGCUACUGGGCUUCUCAUCUUGGACACAGGAAAUACCACAUCAGUGCAUUAUAUGUGGUGGACUUAAAGAAAUUCAGAAAGAUCGCCGCUGGAGACCGCCUCAGGGGGCAGUAUCAAGCCUUAAGCCAAGAUCCCAACAGUCUGUCCAACUUGGACCAGGACCUUCCCAACAACAUGAUCCAUCAAGUAGCCAUCAAGUCUUUACCUCAAGAGUGGCUGUGGUGUGAAACCUGGUGUGAUGACAAAUCCAAAACUACCGCCAAGACCAUAGAUCUGUGCAAUAACCCAAAGACCAAAGAGCCCAAGUUAAGUGCAGCGGUGAGGAUUGUUUCAGAAUGGUCCAAGUACGACAAUGAGAUAAAGCAUUUUCUCAAACGGGUGAAGGAGCAGAAGGAGAAAAUUACUAAGGGUAGAUCUUCAUCAUCAUCAUCAUCUUCAUCACCACAGCACACAGGCACUCGACGUGAUGAACUUUAGCACUUGAGUGCUCAUGCUGGCACCUAUCUU